UAAAAACAACAAUUGUAAAUAAAUUAUAAUGAGUUCAGUAGAUUCCUCUAAGAACAACAACGAGGUAGCCCAAACUGCCACGAAGGAAGAUAGCAAGAAAGAGCCACGGAAUGGCUCACAGUCUUCUACAUAUGACUACAACAGUCAAAUCGCUGCAGGGAAAAAUAUGUUUAAGAAGAAUAAAAUAUUAGCCCAAUCGCGGGAGGAAAGGUCUGCAAAGAAGGCCAGUAGGGAGUCUCUCCUCAUUGAGGGCCAUGAGUCAUACACAGGACGUCCGGGACACAACCUGCUUAGUGUCAAGAAGGACUACUCCAUCCUCAACAACGACAAGGUACUUCUCAGCAACAGAUUAAUAAUGCUGCGAAAAGAGGAAGAAAAAUUAAUGAAAAAGAUUAAAUCUACAAAAGAGAAAGCCAAAAAUAUUCUCGAGGUUAAGCACAGAAAUGAAAUCAAAUUUAAGGAGAAACUUGAGAAAGAAAAACAAGAAGAGAAGGAAACCCUGAUCAAACGCCAGAAGAUCCUCAAGCAGAGAGAGCAGAAGGAAAAGGCUGAUAGGAACAAAUGGAAACAAAAUUUAUCUCAAAAGUUGAAGAAUUACCAUGAAAUUAGGGACCAGAGGGUCUUUGCAGUUCAACAUAAGUCCAAUGUCAGGAAGAAGGUGGUACUUGAGAACCAGCUCAAAAGAGAUCGAGUCAAGGCUCAAGAGAGUAGGAUCCAGCAGAAACUUCGUAAAAGAGAUGAAGAUAGAAAGAAAAGAUGACCAAAAAUAAAAUCGCAGACCAAGUCACAACAGAGAUUAGCGUUAUGGAGAGAGAGGAGAAAGAAAUUUUGGAACGGUUAAAAUAAUAGCCAGAAGUUAGAACAGCUUGCGUACAAAGAUCUUGAAAAUGCUAUCCAAAGUUCAGUUAAUUGAACUGAGCAAAGAAGGAAAUUCUUAGGACAAAGAAGUAGGCUCCCAAUCAGGAAGCCAGCCAAAGGAAGUGUAUCACCUAUGCGUGCUGGAUCAGUUUACUC